GAGAUAUGCAAUUUUUUCUAACUCUAGUCAUUUACUGGACACCCUAUAUAUAUACAUAAAGAGAGAAAGGAAAAAAAAAUUAUUGGAUAACACUCACACUAAUCAAUAUAUAGAGAGAAUAUCAAAUAUAAAAAGAAGUUAUUUAUUGAGGCAAGUGUUAUUUUACAUAUUCUUAAAACAACAUUAAAAUUAAUUGAGAAAUCUGAAUUUAAUGUUAAUGCAUUAUCAGCAUUAUUUGAUGGUGUUCUUAAUCCAGUUGCUGCACCAAAUGAUUUGGAUUUGGAUGCUUGGAUAAAUGAUCCUCCAUCAGAUAGCGAAGAUGAAUCAAUAACAACAAGUUCAUAUUAUGAUAAUAAAGAUUAA